UGAAUGACUGAACUGAUCGAGGGAGAGAUAGAAAAAAUGAUGAUUCUGAUGUAAGUUAGUGAGGACUCAGAUAUAAGCAGGAUGCUAAUGAAGAAGGAGUUCUGACGAACAAUUGAAAAGACCAAGAUGACACAAAACUCAUCUGAUCAGCAGGUAUUUCUCCAGUUCACCCAAGGACGGGUUCAGUCUGAGGAAUCAAACUCCUUCGUCAAGAACCACUGGUUAGGGCUCCUGCUUUUUCAGGUUUGUCUUGCCUUCUGUAUCAUUGGAACAAUCACGGGUUUGGGGUACUACUUCCUGCAGGAAAAACCUCCAACCACUCAAGACCCUAUUCCCUGUCUCUCUCCAGCAUGCAUGAGAGUAGCAGAACGCUUCUCUACAGCCAUGGAUCCUUUUUCUCGACCCUGUGAUUAUUUCCUGUUUAGUUGUAAAGCAGAAGUGUCAUCCAAGAGCAGCAGAAAUAACAGAGACAAGAUCGUGUCCGAUAAUGUCACCAGACAAGCUGUGAUGAGAAGGAGAGAGAGGAGAGGUGGUGGAAUGAGAAUGGACAUAGUGCCAGAUACUGAAAGAAAGAGAGAUGACAGGUUACCUGACAGACAGACAGCUUUGCUCCAAGCAAUAAAAGACACUCUGGAGUCUCCAAAAAGGAAUGUCAGCAGUGCAGCACAGAAAGCACAGAUGUUCUAUAACACCUGUAUGAAGCCCAACACUACACUGAAUGAGAGCAUAUAUCAUGCCCAAAUGCUAAUACAGAAGCUGGGUGGCUGGCCUGUACCUGGGAACUGGAUUCAGCCUGAGCUGAACUCCACUCUGGCUCUGCUGAUGUCGCAGUACAACACCUUUCCAUUCUUUAAUGUGUAUGUGGGUCCUGACCGUAAUGAGAGCCAACAUUACAUACAGAUUGAUCAACCAGAGUUUCAGUUCCCUAUUGAGUGGAACAGCCAAACAAACAGAUCCAAAUUCAACUCACAGUUUCUGCGUCCAUUCUUCUCCUCCUGCAAGGAGCUUUUGACUCUGUUGAAUGUUUCCUUAAUAAGCAGAACUCAGCACUGUGGCUUGUAUAUGUCUUUGAGUUCAACCUUAGUUACAAACACUUCACCUCUUUCCUACCGACUCAGCCAGAAACUCCUGUACCGUCGAAUGACCAUCUUGGAGUUACAGGAGUUGGCCCCAUCUAUUGAUUGGCUCAGAAGCCUCCAGGCUAUAUUUCAUCCUGUUCCUGUCAGCAAAUCAGAUUUUGUGUUAUUGCACAAUCCUCCUUAUAUCAUCUACAUGUCAGAGACAAUUAGCAAAUGGAGGCAUAUACAUAAGAUGAUGGACAGUUAUCCUCUCCAUACAUAUAUGAUCAUGAAUCUUCUGCAAACACUCAUGCCUGCUCUUCACACCAGAUUCAUUCAGACCAUGAAAAACUUCUCUAUAGGCAUUGACAAAGAAAAUGAGGUUGUGCCACAUUGGAAACACUGUGUACUGCAGACGGUGAAAGGUUUUGAUACAUUGAUCAGUGAUUUGAUCAGACACCAUUAUGCUGGUGAAGAGGCUGAAAAGCUCAUCAGUGAUAUUUACUAUUCCUUCAUGAACAAAAUAGCCACCAUAAACUGGCAGAAUGGAGACACACAGGAUUUCGUUUUGAAUAAGAUUGCAUCUCUCACUCCAAGACUCUCCACCAACCAUGAAUCCUUCAGUCAGCUGAAACUUGAUGAGAAUUUUGGAGAGGUAAUUAUGAGUGAGAGCUAUUUCUCCAACUACCUGCAGAUGCUGCUUCUUCAGCAGAGGAUGAGAAGCAAACUAUUUUCUCACACUCCACAGCCUCAUGUUUUUUCCCUCCAUCCAUUUUUAUCUGGUAAUGACAUCAUCAUCCCAGUUGGAAUGUUUGUAUCACCACAGUUUCAUUCUUCUUAUCCAAGAGCUGUCAACUAUGGGAUGUUAGGAACCAUAAUUGCAAAAGACCUCCUGCAUCUGCUGUUGCCUGAUAUCCUAUCUCAGUCAGAGAGUGCUGUGCUGGAGAUUGAGUGCGUGUGGUCUCACUAUCUCACAGCACAACAGAAGGGAACUUCCUCACUUUCUCCAACCCAGAAGCAGGAAGUGUGGGUGCAGUACACAGCACUUCAGGUGGCACUACUUGCAUAUAAUAAGAGUUUGAGGAGACAUCUAAGUGAUACUUCCGUGGCAGGACUCUCACAUGUUCAUCUGUUUCUUGCCUCAUUCACCCAGGCAAGCUGUGACUCAUCUACAGCACUCAUGCCAUUUGAACCCUCUUUUCUGUUGAAUGUGCUCUGUGUCAACUCUGUACACUGUCCCAAAGCAAUGACUUGUGUGGAUAACCGAGCUCCUGGACAGCUUCCUGACCUGUGUUAGAAGUGUGGAUAUGCUGAGGAACAUUAUUCAUAACUGAGCAAUUCAGUGGACAUUAAAACAGUAUAAUGCUGGAUGUAUACAAUAGGCAUUGCUGGAGAUUAUGACAGUUACAGAAAACCCCAAAAAAUCAUUAUAAUAUUUUAUAUUGA